UUUGUUUAUCAUGAACCAUCGUCAUGCCUAGAGAACGCGAUCCUCUCGUCGUUGGUCGUGUCGUAGGGGAUGUAUUGGACCCAUUCACAAGAACUAUUGGCCUAAGAGUUAUAUAUAGGGAUAGAGAAGUUAAUAAUGGCUGUGAGCUUAGGCCUUCCCAAGUUGUUAACCAGCCAAGGGUUGAAGUUGGAGGAGAUGACCUACGUACCUUUUUCACUUUGGUUAUGGUGGACCCUGAUGCUCCAAGUCCGAGUGAUCCAAAUCUGAGAGAAUACCUUCACUGGUUGGUAACUGAUAUUCCAGCUACCACAGGUUCAAGUUUUGGGCAAGAAAUAGUGAGCUAUGAAAGUCCAAGACCAUCAAUGGGAAUACAUCGAUUUGUAUUUGUAUUGUUCAGACAAUUAGGUCGACAAACAGUGUAUGCUCCAGGAUGGCGUCAGAAUUUCAAUACAAGAGAUUUUGCUGAACUCUAUAAUCUUGGUUUACCUGUUGCUGCUGUCUAUUUUAAUUGUCAAAGAGAGACUGGCAGUGGUGGACGUAGAAGGUCUGCUGAUUGAU